CCAGUCCCAUUCGGUCUCUCGAGCCGUGCGCGCGUUCCAUUUUCAAAUCGAGUUCGGAAAACUUUUCCGGGUUGUCUUUUGUUUUUGUUUUUAACGGCCACUCUGUUACACGUUUUUUUUUUGUUUGAGUGCGAGCACGCUUUGAUUGCGAACUUUUUUUUAUAAAACAAAAGCUUUGUCCUUUUUUGUUAAACUUGCAAACUUUUUAAAUACCUUUGUUUGCAGUUAAUCUGUGAUAUUGCAAAGAAAUCUUGUGAUUGUAAGUGUUAAAAUUCUGAUGGUGUUUCGGACGUGAGUGGUAUGGUGACCAUGGGCAUCAUAAUCGGAACUUGCGUGCCUGAUGCCGAGCAAGACGCGGUGGCCUACGGCAGCCAGCUUCGGAGGCCUCCUAGGAGAAUACUUUAUGGUAUAAAGUGUCCGGUGUGCAGCAAGUUCGUGCUGCCGGACGACAUCGAGUGCCACCUCGUCAUGUGCCUGACCAGGCCACGGCUGUCCUACAACGAGGACGUGUUAAACGACUCGAAGGGCGAGUGCGUGAUCUGCCUCGAGGAGCUGUCGGCCGGAGACACCAUCGCGCGCCUGCCCUGCCUCUGUAUCUACCACAAGGGAUGUAUAGACCAAUGGUUUGAAGUGAACAGAUCGUGCCCCGAGCACCCCGGCGACUAGUGGCCCGGCUGCCGCCUGCCCCGGCGGCCCGGCAGGCUCCGGCGGCCCGGCAGGCCCCGGCGGCCCGGCAGGCUCCGGCGGCCCGGCAGGCCCCGGCGGCCCGGCGACGCCCCGGGCCCGGCCCGCGGGCCCCCCACGUGCCAUGUCGCGAGUGAUAAUUUUAUACAGACAGACUUUGCCCCCGGGGCGUGUAAAUAUUUAUGCUAGUGAGAUGUUUUACCAUUUAAUGAUUAAAAUGAUUAAAAACAAAGACAUUAUAGUAAAUCGCUAAUGGGAAAUUCUCGGUGGAGUAUUAAUGAUACUAUUAAUUGUAAAUUUUACAUCGUUACUCUUUAGUUAAACGCAAUAUUGAAAGUUUGUUUUUUAAUUUGAUAUGUAUGUAUAAUGUGUAUCGUACAGUUAGGAUUCGGUUAUGAGCAAGGGUUAUGUUAUGCAGUCCUGUGAUCUACGCGGUUUACAUAUCUGUUUCGUAAGCUUAUAUAUAAUAUAUGAUUUGAUCUUUUUCAUCUUGAUAAUAAAGUUGAUUUGUUUCUAAAUUUU